AUGUCGACAUUCGGAACGCAUUUCAGAGUAACAACCUAUGGCGAGUCGCACUGUCUCAGUGUCGGAUGCAUCGUCGACGGAGUCCCUCCGGGCAUGGAGCUCACCGAAGCCGACAUCCAGCCUCAAAUGACAAGACGCAGACCGGGACAGAGCGCCAUCACAACACCACGUAACGAGAAAGACAAGGUCGAGAUCCAGUCGGGCACUGAAUUCGGUGUCACUCUGGGCACCCCCAUUGGCAUGCGCGUCAUGAACGAGAACCAGAGACCAAAGGACUACGGCAACAGCACCAUGGACCUCUACCCUCGUCCCAGUCAUGCCGACUGGACCUACCUGGAAAAGUACGGCGUCAAGGCCAGCAGUGGAGGUGGCAGAAGCAGCGCUCGCGAGACUAUCGGCCGUGUUGCGGCCGGUGCCAUCGCCGAAAAGUACCUCAAGCUCGCCCACGGUAUUGAGAUUGUCGCUUUCACCUCUUCCGUCGGCCACGAGCAGCUCUACCCUGCCACUGCAGACCACCCUACCCCCUCAACCAACCCCGAGUUCCUCAAGCUGAUCGACGAAAUCACCCGCGAGAAGGUCGACGAGUUCCUCCCCGUCCGUUGCCCCGACGAGCAAGCCAACGACCGCAUGGCCGAUUUGAUCGCAAAGUACAAGCAAAAGGAGGACAGCAUUGGUGGUAAUGUCACUUGCGUUAUCCGUAACGUCCCCUCUGGUUUGGGUGAGCCCUGCUUCGACAAGAUGGAGGCAAAGCUGGCCCACGCCAUGCUGAGCAUCCCUGCCACAAAGGGUUUCGAGAUUGGUUCUGGUUUCGGUGGUACAAGAGUCCCUGGUAGCAUUCACAACGACCCCUUCAUCGUCGCCCCUGCCCCUAAGGGCUCGGCCGCUGCUUCGGGUGCCGCAAGAGCCGGUAUCCCUCGCCCUCGCCUGACCACAAAGACCAACAACUCUGGUGGCAUUCAGGGUGGUAUCACCAAUGGUGCCCACAUCUACUUCACUGUUGGCUUCAAGCCGGCGGCUACCAUCGGCCAGUCGCAAGCAACCGCUACCUACAACGAAACCGAGGGAGUUCUCGAGGCCAAGGGCCGCCACGACCCCUGUGUCGUUCCCCGUGCCAUUCCCAUCGUCGAGGCCAUGGCUGCUCUCGUCAUCAUGGAUGCUCUCAUGGCCCAGAAUGCUCGCCAGGCCACACGUUCCCUGCUACCUCCUCUUCCUAACGUCAUCUCAGUGCAAGCCGCUCAGCGUGCCGACGAGGCAGCCAGAGAAGAGCAACAAACCAUCAACGUCGAGUCCAAGGACUAG